GAAAGACAGAAGGCAAGGCACCGAGGGCAGAGACCUGCAGAGAUUUUGACUGGUUAUCUGGAUCUUCUAAGAAUGUGCACAUAAAAAGUGAAGGACUCUUGGCUGGGAGAGAAAACUCAUGUCCUGGCUUCUGUCCAGCUCCACAUCAGAAAUGGCAUCAAAUGAAACCCAGGACAUGGGGAACUGCACGACUGAAACCUUCAAGAGACAAUUUUACCCCAUCACCUACCUAAUCAUAUUUGUCUGGGGAUCCUUGGGAAAUGGCUUGUCCAUAUAUGUUUUCCUGCAGACUUAUAAGAAAUCCUCAUCUGUGAAUGUCUUCAUGCUCAACCUGGCCAUUUCCGAUCUCCUGUUCACAAGUACUCUGCCCUUCAGGGCUGACUACUAUUUCAGAGGCUCCAACUGGAUAUUUGGGGACCUGACCUGCAGAAUCAUGUCAUACUCCUUAUACGUCAACAUGUACACCAGCAUUUAUUUCCUGACUGUGCUCAGCGUUGUGCGUUUCCUGGCCACCGUUCACCCCUUCCGGCUUCUCCAUGUCACCAGCUUCAGGACGGCUUGGAUCCUCUGUGGGAUCAUAUGGCUCUUUAUCAUGAUUGCCUCAGGAAUGCUGCUGAAGAGAGGCUCCGAGCCAAAGGGCGAGCUCAUAUCAUGCUUGGAUCUGGAUCCAAAAAAAAUUAACAAUCUGCUGAUCAUGAACUACGUUGCCUUGGUGGUGGGCUUCCUGCUGCCGUUCUUCACACUCACCAUCUCUUAUCUGCUGAUCAUCCGAGUCCUGUCGAAGGUGAAGCUCUCGGAAUUGGGUCUGCGGGCUUCUCACAGGAAGGCUAUGAUCACCAUCAUCAUCACCUUGAUCAUCUUCCUCCUGUGUUUCCUGCCUUAUCACUCGCUGAGGACCCUCCACCUGGUCACCUGGGAUGAGAAGGUGUGCAGGGACGGGCUGCACAAAGCCGUGGUCAUCACAUUGGCCUUGGCGGCAGCCAACACCUGCUUCAAUCCUUUCCUCUAUUACUUUGCUGGGGAGAAUUUCAAGGAUAAAUUAAGGGCUGUGUUCAGAAAAGAACACCUACGGAGGGCAACGACAAAGUGCAGCUCUCCUGUUUGUGCGUGGCUGAAAACGGAAACGAGGGUGUAAGGUCCUUAGAUGAGGCUCCUUCACGUACCAUUGUGUCCACCUUCAUUCACUCAGCAUCCAGAUGACAUUGUCAUUACGUCACUCUUGACAAAUGUGAUGUCCAUGUCUUAUUAACCAUGACCUUUGUUAAUAAGACCUACUUAGGACAUUUCAUUGGGUGUAGUUUCAGUGGCUGAGUCUAAACGAUGUAGGAGGAGAAACCCCCUAGUAGAGUCUUAAAUGCUGAAAUCUCAGACUGGGGGGAAAAUGUCAAGCACAGUGGAGCCUGCUUUCCAUCAGAUUCUGUAUCCAGAUCUCUGGCCCAUCAGGCAUUCUACAUUCUUAAUUUUAAAACAUCUCUAACUUCCCCAGCAUAUCCAGCUCCCCAUCCCUAUAAAUCUUUGAGAUACAGCCCAUUACAAAUAUACCAGAGGCCCCAGAACAUCACAAGUGCAUCCCCAGAGAAGAAGUGCAUCCUAAAAUUCAGGCAGAGGCUGGGUAUGGUGGGGCAUGCCUGUAAUCCCAGUGGCUCCACAGGCUGA